AAACCGCAUUACAAUAGUUUGUUGCAAAAAUAAACACCAUAGCAACGUUCCCACAUGUUCCAGUGUUUUCUCGAAUAAUAACAAGUGUUAGUGCGGUUACGACCCUAACAACAAAUUAAAACAGUCAAUAAAUUUUUAUCUCAGUCAAAAUAAUUACUUCAAACGAGUGAUUUUGAUUGUUUGAAGUUAGAAGACAAAUUAUUAUACAUCGAAAAUGACGAAAGAAGACCAAUUUGAUGGGAUGUUGUUAGCGAUGGCCCAACAACAUGAAGGAGGAGUACAAGACCUUUUAGAUACAAUUUUCAGUUUUUUAGCCAGAAAAACUGAUUUUUAUACCGGGGGAGGGGAAGGAGCUGCAGAGAAGUUAUUAUUAACCAAGUUUAAAAAACAUGAAGCAACUGCCUUAACCAGAAUGAAUAUCGAGAAAGAAGAACGAGCUGAAACAGCUAGAAGACGCAAGGAAAAAUUAGAAAAAAAGAAAUUAGAAGAAAUGGAAAGUAUGGAAAGUGAACCGUGUAAAAUUGUUGAACUUUCAGAUGAACAAGCUGAAAAACUUCAAGCCGAAUUGAAUAAUGAGAAAUCGAAUAAAACUCAAAAUGGAGAACAAUUAUCUGCUGGACCAAGUAAAGAAGAAAAAAUGGAAAGUGAUGAGAAAAAAGGUGAUGAAAUUGAUGAUGAUGAUCCUGCUGAAAAAGGGAAAUUAUUACCUAAUAGUGGAAAUGGUGCCGACAUGCCUAACUACCGAUGGACACAAACUCUUCAGGAAAUUGAACUAAGAGUUCCGCUUAAAGUUAACUUUACUGUGAGGCCUAGAGAUGUUACCGUCACGCUUACAAAGAAGCAUCUAACUUGUGGUCUUAAAGGUCAACCUCCGAUUAUAGAUGGUGAUUUUCCUCAUGAAGUUAAACUAGAAGAAUCUACAUGGGUAAUUGAGGAUGGAAAAAUACUUCUUAUCAAUUUGGAGAAGGUAAAUAAAAUGCAAUGGUGGGCUCAUAUUGUAACUACAGACCGUGAAAUUAGUACUAAGAAAGUCAACCCUGAACCUAGCAAACUUUCUGAUCUCGAUGGUGAGACUCGAGGACUUGUGGAAAAAAUGAUGUACGACCAAAGGCAAAAAGAACUUGGUCUACCAACUUCUGAUGAACAGAAGAAACAAGAUGUUAUAAAGAAAUUUAUGGAGCAACAUCCGGAAAUGGAUUUUUCCAAAUGCAAAUUCAAUUAAACUACACCAACAUUUUCAUUCUAAACACUGCUUUUCCGUUCGAGGUACGUCGAUUCCAACGU